GGGGAGGUUCGGGCAAUUCAGGGGCAGUAGGGGUAGUAGGUCUGCAGUCUGAGGUGAAGGGGCUGCAAAGGGGAAAGUAGGUGACAGUAGGGAGUAGUCGAGUGUGUGGGGGAGCAAUAGAAGGCAGUAGAUGGGAAAGUAGGGGCACUAGGGAGCAUUAGAGGUGCAGUAAGUAGGUAGUAAAGUGUCGUACAGAUAAUUAGAGGGGCAGCAGAUGACAGUAAGGGGGAAGUAGGAGGGCAGUAAAGGGAAUUGGGGCAAUUGAAGGGGGGAAGUAGAAGGUAGUAAAAUACAUUAGGAGAUUGUAGAGGGCAUGAACGGGGCAUAGAGGGCAUUAGGGUGGCAGUAGUGGGUGGGUAAGACCACUGGGGACAGUAAAGGGCAUUAUGGUAGUUGUAAAAGGCAUUAGGGAGACAGUAAAAGGCAUCACAGAGGUAAUUAAAGCAAAUAAAUGGUAUUAGAGAGGCAGUAGACAGAAGUAAAAUGCAUUAGGGAGCCAUUAGAGGGCAGUAAAGGGCAUUAGGGAGGCAUUAGAGGGCAGUAAAGGGCAUUAGGGAGGCAUUAGAGGGCAGUAAAGGGCAUUAGUGCAGCUGUCAAUGGCAGUAAAGGGCAGUAGGGGCAGUUAAGGGCAUUAUUAAAGUAAUAAAGAGCACUAAGGUAGCAGUAGAGAGAAGUAAAAGGCAUCAAGGAAGCAGUAGUGGCCAUUAGGAGGAGCAGUAGAGUGAGCACCAUGACCUUACUGCCUGCAGCACUGCUACUGCUGGUACUGGUGCCUGUGCAUGGGCAGUACGGUGAGCGUGGGCUCUCUGUGCCUGAGCAUGGCUUCUGCCAACCCAUCUCCAUCCCGUUAUGUGCGGAUAUCCAGUACAAUGAGACCAUCAUGCCCAACCUGCUGGGGCAUACCAACCAGGAGGAUGCAGGACUGGAGGUGCAUCAGUUUUACCCGCUGGUGAAGGUACAGUGUUCGGCCGAACUGCGAUUCUUCCUCUGCUCUGUCUAUGCACCUGUUUGCACAGUGCUGGAGAAGGCGCUGCCGCCAUGUCGGGCACUAUGCCAGCGUGCCCGGCUGGGGUGUGAGGCACUCAUGAAUAAGUUUGGCUUCCAGUGGCCCGAGAGCCUGGCAUGUGAAUCUUUCCCUGUGCAUGGGUCUGGAGAGCUGUGUGUGGGUCAGAACGCAUCCGAGCGAGGCUCCAGCGCUACUCCUAGUGCUGGCACCACCACUGUCACCCCAUCACCCCGCAACCGGCCUUCCGGAGGGCGCUACAGGUGCCCUGUGGUGCUCCGAGUGCCUCCCUACCUCAACUACCGCUUCCUGGGUGAGGAGGACUGCGCCGCCCCCUGUGAGCCGAAGCUUCCACAUGGACUCAUGUUCUUCUCAGAGGAUGAGCGGAGCUUUGCCAGGCUGUGGAUUGGCAUCUGGUCGGUGCUCUGUUGUGCCUCCACCUUAUUCACUGUGCUCACAUACCUGGUGGAUAUGAAGCGCUUCAGUUACCCUGAGCGUCCCAUCGUCUUCCUGUCUGGAUGCUACACCAUGGUUUCUGUGGCCUACAUGGCUGGAUUCCUGCUGCAGGAUGCCGUGGCCUGCAAUGAAAAAUUUGACAAUGAGUUCCGGACGGUGGUGCAGGGCACCAAGAAAGAGGGUUGCACAAUCCUCUUCAUGAUGCUCUACUUCUUUAGCAUGGCUAGCUCCAUCUGGUGGGUGAUCUUGGCACUUACCUGGUUCCUGGCAGCCGGGAUGAAAUGGGGUCAUGAAGCUAUCGAGGCCAACUCCCAGUACUUCCAUCUAGCGGCAUGGGCAGUCCCCGCUGUCAAGACCAUAACCAUUUUAGCUGUGGGUCAGGUGGAUGGCGACGUUUUGAGUGGCGUCUGUUUCGUGGGCAUUAACAGUGUGGAGGCCCUUCGUGGAUAUGUGCUAGCGCCACUUUUCCUCUACCUGUCCAUUGGAACGUCAUUCCUGUUGGCCGGUUUCGUCUCUCUCUUCCGCAUCCGAACCAUCAUGAAGCAUGACGGCACCAAGACAGAGAAGCUGGAGAAGCUGAUGGUGCGGAUCGGAGUCUUUAGUGUGCUCUACACCGUCCCCGCCACAGUCGUCAUCGCCUGCUACUUUUACGAACAGGCCUUCCGGUCACAGUGGGAACAGACAUGGGUCGGACAAUCAUGUAAAACGUACGCAGAGCCGUGUCCCACACACAACCCACAGGUCAGGCCAGACUUCACUGUCUUCAUGAUUAAGUACCUGAUGACUCUGAUCGUGGGAAUAACGUCCGGCUUCUGGAUCUGGUCUGGAAAGACAAUAAAUUCAUGGAGAAAGUUCUACAUGAGACUCGCAAAUGGCAAACACGGAGAGACGACAGUGUGAUUGUUGUUUUCCUGGACCAUAUCUUUGGAGGUGAUUUCGCUGAAUGGAAUCAUCUGCUUUGGGACAGACUUCUGAGUUCGGAUGGUCUAAUCCAAGAGGCUCUGGAUCUUUUUGAAGGCAUGUAUUGUUUGAAUGGACAUCAAACAGAUCACAUGAUGUGUAUGAACUCCAACAGUAAGGAAUGCACUCGGGGUUUAAGACAAAGAACUGCCAAUGUGCAAAAUUAUUCAGUGAUUUCUAAGAAACAAGGCAGUGUGGAGUGAAGCUGGAGGGAUUCUUGGCUGCAUUCUGCUUCACACAAAGAUACAGGGUUUGUUCUUUAGUGCCUUUAUCCAGCUUUAGUACUUACAUGGACCAAACAGGAGACAGAUUCAGUCCAACAGCACUUCUCACUCACCCAAAAUGAGAAGACAUUUAAAUCCAAACCCAAUCAGAAAUGAUUGCUCCUGUUAUUUAAUAUUCUUUCCUCUAAGCUCCAUUCAGGUCUGUUUUCCUUUGUUUGUAAUGCGUCUCAUUUCCAGUCCUGUAAUUUCACUACAGUGUGAACUGUAUCAGAAUUACUCAGAUUAUCCAAAGUCUCUGCAUCAUUUAGAGGCUGAGAUAUAAACAAAGUCAUUCAUACAGAGCCUGACUGCCUUAAAAUUGAGUUCAUUGAGCUUCUACUAGCAGGUUAAUGGCAUAGUAAUAUAUCUGAUAUUAACUUAAAUAAAUAAAUGAAGAAAAUUUGAAAUCUAAAUUUGAAUGCAGCUUAUCUUUUAAAACUGAAUCUGAAACUGAACUUGAAUCUGAAAUUUUAAUGCAUUUUCCUUCUGAGUGAAGUGAGUAGGGAGUGGGUUUGGGGGGCAUUAUGUUAUUGGUUUAUAUUAAUUUAGCCUGCCCACUUGUGCAUGGUGACAUCAUCAAACAUCAGUAAUGCUGCAAAGGUGGAUAAAAAAAAUUACAUUUACAUGUAAAAUGACAAAAUUAGUAUUAGUGUUUACAAUAAUUUGCAAAAAUUUUGGCACAUUUGGUCAGUUUCCAUGUUGUUAAUUUUCUAAGUGGGAAUAAGUUACACAUCCUCUACAGAGAAACACCUCUGCUCACAUUAGUUUAUUUACUGAAUUCCAAAAAAUAUUAAACAUGAUAUGGAUUGAGAUCAAGUGCUCAACCAUGUAGUAUCUGGUGCUCACCAUAUAAUGUCAGGUGCUCACCACGUAGUAUCACUUGCUCUCUACAUGGCAACAUAGCAUCAGGGGCUUACCACUAAUAUCAGGUGCUCACCUGAUAGUGCUGAGUGCUCAUCUGAUAGUGCCGGGUGUUCACCACAUAGUAUCUAGUGCUCACCUGAUAGGAUUGGGUGCUCACCACAUAGUAUUGGGAGCUCAACUGAUAAUAUAGAGUGCUCAUCAUACAGUACUGUGUGCUAAACCUGAUAGUGUUGGGUGCUUACCACAUAUUAUCUGGUGCUCACCACAUAGUAUCUGGUGCACACCAAAUAUUGACCUAAAAAAAAAAACGUCCCUUUUACAUAAAAAACAGGUCCCUUAAAGGGCUUUUAAAAAAUACACAGUACUGUUUUAUAUUUAGGUUUUUUCUCUGUAAAG